UGUCACGUUAUAGCAUGUUAUGUGCAUUAUUAUCAAGCAUGAUAGCAUGUUGUGAUUAGCAGGGUGUUUUCUAGUAACUUAACGUUAGCGUUACUCGGCCAGCCGUUUGGCAUAACUUGCCGUUAGUUGCUAAAGUCAGUUUGUCAGUGGCACUGGUUAGCUUAAUUAGCCUACUAACGUUACCAGACAAGUUAGCAACACAACACCAGCUGUAUGCGGUCUAGAAACAAUACAUAGUAGGGAUGGCAGAGGAGAGGAGCAAAGAGGACAUAGUUGCAGAGUAUCUGGGCCAGAACCCACAGCUGGCCCAAUGGGUCGAAACUUUCAGGAGCUACUGUGAGAGCAACAAGCAGUGGGAUGCUCGGAGAGAGUUCAUCCUGAGAAACAUGGAGGCUUUCCCCACAGUGGAGCCCGGAGUCCCCAGCAGCAGUCUGGACAGGCUGCUCUCUCUGUCCAUGGUCUGGGCCAAUCACGUUUUCCUCGGCUGCAGCUAUCCGCAGGCCGUAAUGGACAAGAUCAAGGAGAUGGGUGAGGGCAUAGUUGUCGUAGAUGCCCCAGUUCACAAAACGACAAAAGAUGGUAUCCUGGCCAGAGGAAAGCGGAGUACCACAACUGAGGUUGAUGCUGACGGCUGUGUCAAAAGAGCCAAAUGCGGACCUAAUGAGCUCGACAGUCGACCUGUGGGGCGACAGAAAUCAGGACCUCUUCCACAGGCUCCAGCAGAGCACCAGCCCUUCUUCAACCGCCUCUACAAGGCGGUGGCCUGGAAGUUAGUGUCGGCAGGGGGCUUCGGUCCAAACUUGGACCAUUUUGAGAUACUUCGUAGCUGUGCAGAGUCCUGUAAAGAGACCCUGACCUGCGUGUUUGUGCCACUGAAGGACAUCGCUGGCCUCCCCGCAGGACGCACGCAGAAGGAAGGCCACGUGUGUGAGAUUCGCUGUCAGACAGUUUACAUGGGGACUGGAUAUGGGCGUGAUGAGUCCGCUGCCAAAGCCAUGGCUUCCAAAGAGGCCCUCAAAGUCUUUCAGGGGCGAAAAGUGACAGUAAAGAUCUGCAGACGGAGAUACAAACAGAAAGACGUGGAGGACCUGAUGCUGUUGGACGAACAGCCUCGGAGUCAGGGCUUUCCUCCCGCGCUCAGCUACCCUUUUCAGGACGAGCAGCUGGAAGAUGGUUCUUCAUAGAGCAGAGAAUUUGUGACGUUUGCCCCUGCCAUGAGGCCUGUUGGAAGCAUGGACGAGUGACAUUUACUGAAUGGAGCUCCUGAAGGAAUUUAGGACCGUGUCAGGACCAGACUGUCAUGCAGCUGAACCUCAUAACUAGGCUAAUCAUUGAGUGACACAGAGCUAAACUAUCACGAUGCGUUUUCCACAAUACUUUGGUAUUAUAAUUAGGGGUGGGGGAAAAUAUCGAUACAGCAUGGUAUCGCAAAAUUUUCUGUGGCAAUACUGUAUCGAUACACAGACGCCAAGUAUCAAUCUUUUAUUAUAAAUGUGUUUGUCUGUUUGGACAAUCUGAUUUUGCAGCAAUACAAUUGAAGUGAGACG